CCUCUGACCCUCUGUCUGGAUGGUGCUCAUUGGCCCUGUGCUGAUCACAUGCACCCUCCCAAGAAAAAAAAAAAAAACCUCUCUAGCAAUACACACCAAACUAAGCAUGUGCAUAGUGUCUCCACGCGAUAUGUCUUAUCAGGAGAUAAGAGGGGGGCACUGGAAGAAGGGGAGGAUCAGAAAAGUCAGGAUCAAACAGUAUUUUUUACACAAUGCAGAGGAUUAACCCCUUAGGUUCCACAGUGAGUAUAACAAGCAUGCUUUACUGCAUUUACAGACUUGUUUUACUGUUUGGGUUUAGUAACACUU